AUGACCAGGAAACCAACCAAGACAGAGGAGUUUGAGUGCCCCGCUGAAGCCCGCGCCCCCACCCCUGGCGCAGAGCGCGGCGGUCCGGAGAAGCAGCCCACCGGCCUGGCCUUCGAGUAUCCGCGGGACCCAGAGCACCGCAGCUACAGCGACCGCGGGGAGCCGGGCGCCGAGGACCGGGCGCGCGGGGAUGGCCACACGGACUUCGUGGCGCUGCUGACGGGGCCGAGGUCGCAGGCCGUGGCAAGGGCGCGAGUGAUACUGCUGCGCUCUAGUCUGCGUUUCUCCAUCUCCUACCGGCAGCUGGACCGUCCCACCCGAAUCCGCUUCUCAGACUCCACUGGCAGCGUCCUGUUCGAACACCCUGCAGCUCCGACCCAAGAUGGCUUGGUGUGUGGGGUGUGGCGAGCAGUGCCUCGGUUGUCUCUGCGGCUCCUCAGGGCAGAACAGCUACAUGUGGCACUUGUGACACCCACUCAUCCUUCAGGGGAGGUCUGGGGGCCCCUCAUCCGGCACCGGGCUCUGGCUGCAGAGACCUUCAGUGCCAUCCUGACCCUGGAAGGCACCCCACAACAGGGCAUAGGUGGCAUCACCCUACUCACUCUCAGUGACACAGAGGACUCCUUGCAUUUUUUGCUGCUCUUCCGUGGGCUGCUGGAAUCCAGGAGUGGGGGACCAGCCCAGGUUCCCUUGCGGCUCCAGAUUCUACACCAGGGGCAGCUGUUGCGAGAGCUCCAGGCCAAUGCCUCAGCCCAGGACCCAGGCUUCGCUGAGGUGCUGCCUAACCUGACAGCCCAGGAGAUGGACUGGCUGGUGCUGGGGAAGCUGCAGAUAGCCCUGGAGAGGGCAGGUAGCCCAGGGCUGCGUAUCAGUGGACACAUUGCUGCCAGGCAGAGCUGCGAUGUCCUGCAAAGUGUCCUUUGUGGGGCCGAUGCCCUGAUCCCAGUUCAGACAGGUGCAGCUGGCUCAGCCAGCCUUACACUGCUAGGAAACGGCUCCCUAAUCUACCAGGUGCAAGUGGUAGGUACAGGCAGCGAGGUGGUGGCCGUGACGCUGGAGACCAAGCCUCAGCGGAGGGACCAGCGCACUGUCCUGUGCCACAUGGCUGGACUCCAGUCGGGAGGACACACAGCCAUGGGCGUCUGCCCUGGGCUGGGUGCCCGAGGGACUCAUAUGCUGCUGCAGAAUGAGCUAUUCCUGAAUGUGGCCACCAAGGACUUCCCAGAUGGAGAGCUGCGGGGGCAUGUGGCUGCCCUGCCCUACAGUGGGCACAGCGCCCGCCAUGACACACUGCCCGUGCCCCUGGUGCACAUCCCCAACCAAUGCGAGGUGGGCGGCCUGCGCCUGGCGGAGGCAGGGGCGGAGGAGGCCCGGAAGCCUGGGGCUCCUGAGGCAGUGGGCGCAGCUGCACUGCCCACGCUGCCCGCUGUGCCCGGCCCUGAUGCCCCAGUGCCAGUCAAACCAGGCAGCCCCUGGAGAGCCCGAGACCCCAACACUUGCUUCUUUGAGGGACAGCAGCGCCCCCAUGGGGCUCGCUGGGCACCUAACUACGACCCGCUCUGCUCACUCUGCACCUGCCAGAGGCGGACAGUGAUUUGUGACCCUGUGGUGUGCCCGCUGCUCAGCUGCCCGAGUCCAGUGCAGGUGCCGGACCAGUGCUGCCCUGUGUGCCCCGAGAAACAAGAUGUCAGAGACCUGCCAGGGCUGCCGAGGAGCAGGGACCCCGGAGAGGGCUGUUAUUUUGAUGGUGACCGGAGCUGGCGGGCAGCGGGUACCCGGUGGCAUCCUGUCGUUCCCCCUUUUGGCUUAAUUAAGUGUGCCGUCUGCACCUGCAAGGGGGACACGGGAGAGGUGCACUGUGAGAAGGUGCAGUGUCCCCGGCUGGCCUGUGCCCAGCCUGUCCGCGCCAACCCCACUGACUGCUGCAAACAGUGUCCAGGUGAGGGGGGUGGGCACUGAGGCCUCUUGGGGCAGAUAGGGCCCUUCACGCCUUGUCCUGGGUGAGGGGAUGCACAGUGAGGGUGGAUGGAAGGGACUUCUCAGCUAAUUCAGCAUUUCCUGAGCACCACUCUGUGCCUAGUCUGGAGCCAGGGUUCUAAACACAGUGGAAA